GUAGUGCUGAUGAGUAGUUAGGAGACGGGGAGGCUGAGAUAUUGUUCCAAACUCCGGUAAUUUAUUUCUCAAAGGAUGUACAGGCUGAGGUACGGGUAGCAGGAGGUGUCCACUACGCGGGUCCGGUUAUGAUAGGCAUUCUGCUUAUUGUUCUCGGUAGGAUUGCAAGCUCCAGGGUUACGGAAGAAGAGCGAAGUGGAAUGGUAAUGGUUUACCUUCUAGGUGGAGCUAUCGCUGUCAUAUCCUGGGUUGGAGUGUUCGGUGCAAAACGACAGAAGACGUGUGCCUUGAAAAUGUUUUCUGGACUUGUAUGUAUUGGGAUGGUCAUCUGUGUAGUUGGAGGCCUGUACAUAGCAAAACAAAGGUCCAUGAUCACUGGAGCUUUUGAAGAACUGUCCGAAGAUGCAAACAUGAAAGAGAUAAUUAAAGUUGCUCAAGCUGAAUAUAAGUUUGAAUGUUGCGGAACAAGUAAGGACUACACGGACUGGGGCCCAGAAAUUCCAGAUUCCUGCCAUUGUGCUGCAGUCCAUCAAGGCACUGCAACAUGUUACCAAGUGGAGGUGACCAGAGAGUUACAACCGUGGAUGUCUGAACCAGUUGAGGUCUACAAAGAGUCAUGUGUUCCUUACCUGUUGCGGAUUGUGAAUAAAGGGAUUGAUAUCUUGGUUAGGAUAUGCUUCGGAUUUGCACUAGUGGCGCUCAUUGGAAUGAUCAUGGCCUUAGUCAUGGUCUCACAAAUCAAUAGCGUCAAUGAAGACCCCAGAGGUCCUCCACAUCAUGCUCUCCAAAGAUCAGCGUUUGUCUGA